AUGAAUGCAAGGAAAGAUGAUUUGGAUGAUGUAUUGAAACUUGUUUCAUUCUUCAAAGACAUGAAGGCAAUAAAUGAUGAGUUUUUCUAUGACAUCCAAGUGGACAAGGACAAGUCAAUUAAAAACAUUUUCUGGUCCAAUGCAAGCUGCCGAGGAGCCUAUCAAGACUUUGGCGAUUGCAUAACAUUCGACACAACUUACAAGACCAACAGAUUUCAUAUGCCUCUAGGAGUGUUUGUUGGAACAAACCAUCACUUGCAGUCAACGAUAUUUGCUGUUGCCCUGAUAAGAGACGAAGAUGCAAAGUCAUUCAAGUGGCUAUUCGAUACAUUUGUACGGUGCAUGAACAACAAGCACCCAACUUGCAUUCUAACAGACCAAUGCCCAUCGAUGGCAAAAGCUAUACCACAAUCAUUUCCAAACACCGUCCACAAGCUAUGCCGUUGGCACAUCAUGAAGAAGUACAGAGAAUACCUUGCGUUGCUGUACAAAAAGUAUAAAACAUUAAAAGAGGAGUUCACAGCUAUAUUAAACUGGCCGCUUAUGCCAACGGAGUUUGAAGAUGCCUGGGUUGAACUUGUGCACAAGUACAACCUGGAGAACGACCAGAUGAUGAUGCAACUCUGGAGUGAUAGGAAGAUGUGGAUUUCAACAUAUUACAAGAACUUUUUCUGUGCUAGAAUGACCUCCACACAACGAAGCGAGAGCAUGAACCACGUGCUAAAGAAAGGGUUUGUCAAGGGGACCCAGAACCUACACAAGUUUGCUAGGCGGGUCAAUGCUUGCAUACAAACUCGGAUGCAGAAGGAGAACGAGCAAACAAUGACCAACAUGACCAAUCCUGUGACAAAAACAACUUACGGCUACGAGGAAGACAUGUCUAUCAAGUACACGAGAGCCGUGUACACCAAGAUGAGGAUUAGGAUGAGAAAGGCCACGCUAUUUCGCGCAAAGCGUACAGCAGAGCCCACUAAGUACCUUGUGUACUACCACAACAAGCCUGGCCAUGAUGAUGAAGAAAGAUUUUCCUGGUCAAAGCAUGAAUUCCAGGUUGUAGCUGACCCAGAGAAUGAAAUAUACGAGUGUGAAUGCAAGCUCUGGACACACACAAGCCUGUUCUGCCUUCACAUCAUGAACAUACUGGACUACCUCAAGCCUGACAAAUUUCCAAACAAGUAUAUCCUCAAAUGGUACACAAAGACUACAAAAUCACAACCAACCUUUGAUACAAGGGACUACAACACAACCGCAUCGGAUGGCAGCUCAAGGCUAUCAAAGCAAGCAGACAUCUUGCUGCAGCUGAAUUUGUGA